UAAUUUGGCAAAGACAGUGGAAGGAAAACAACACUUUUGAAUAGGUUCAUAGUCCGCGUGAAGUCCAUUGUGAUUGAGGAAUAUGCUCAGUGCAUUUCACGUGGUUGGAUGAAUUGUUAAAUAUUAUCCAUGCUCGUUGAAAUUGAUCUAUGGGGGAUGUGAGUUUCUGUACCGUGUGACUUUGCUGCCUCUGGAAGGACCUGGCAGCAUAUUUUAAAUUGGCCACGUGUUUAAGAAUUAUCAUGCACGUACAGCAUAGAAGGACUUGUAUUUUUAUGGAAAGUAAAUUUAUAAACGCGGAAAGGCAAAGCGUGGUGGGUCGCACCGAAUGGAGUUUGGGAAAGUGUGACAUAAUGCCCUCACUACUUUUCUUCAUCCACUGUGAGCAAAGCAGAUGGCAUGUAUUUUACUGUUAAUACACCCGCAGUAUUAACCAGGGCCGCCUGCCGGUCGCGAACUUCAAACCUCUGCAGAAAGUGGCAACAACGCUUCCGCUGUGAGCCGUGUCACCGCCCCGACCCUGACAGAAGACCGCGGUGGUUGUACGCGAGUGGUAGGGUGUACGUGAGUGGUGGGGUGUACGUGAAUGGUGGGGUGUACGUGAGUGGUGGCGUUUCCUUCUCCGUGCGCGUGAGAUGGCGGAGCGGUGCCACGCUGGUCUCGCUCGCGCUCUCGGGCUCGCCAGGACCGUCGUCGCGUCCGUGGCGCGCUGCUGUUGCCCACCUGGCCGUGUGCGUGGGCUGCUGCCCCCGCUCGCGUGGCUGCCAGGCUACACGCUGCGCUCUGCGCGCAUGGACUUGGUUGCAGGGCUCACCGUGGGCCUCACCGUGGUGCCUCAGUCCCUCGCCUAUGCACAGGUGGCCGGCUUACUGCGCAGGUAAGGCUGCGGCAGAGGUCGCAAACAGUACGGCCUCUACUCGGCCUUCAUGGGCUGCUUCGUGUACUGCCUGCUCGGGACGUCGAAGGACGUGACGCUGGGCCCCACGGCCAUCAUGUCACUCGUUGUGUCGGUGUACGUGCGCCGCGACCCCGUGUACGCCGUGCUGCUCACCUUCCUGUCUGGCGCCAUCCAGCUCAUGGGGAUCUUCCGUUUGGGUUUUUUGGUCGAAUUCAUCUCCCUCCCUGUCUUGAAAGGAUUCACUUCCGCUGCUGCAAUAACGAUUGGAUUCAGCCAAAUUAAGACACUUCUCGGACUUAAAGACAUCCCUCAGCAGUUCUUUCAGGAGGUGUAUUACACGUUUUCCAAAAUCGCAGAGACCAGACUGGCGGAUGCCUUGCUGGGCGGGAGCUCCCUUCUGCUGCUCAUCCUCCUUCGCCUGAUUGCCGCACGGACCCCCUUCCCACCGCCCAUUCCUGUCUCCGUUCGUAUCAGCAACAGCAUCACCUCUAUUUUCGGGACAGUGCGCAAUGCGGUGGUCGUCCUGGCCGCCGCGCUCGUGGCGUUUGCCUGCGAGAGCCAGAGGCUGCAUCCCUUCACCCUCACGGGGCACAUUGCCCAGGGCCUACCCCCGUUCCACCCUCCUGCCUUCUCAGAAACCAAGGAAGGCACAUUCAUCCCUUUUUUGCAGAUCGUCAGGGAUCUGGGGUUGGCGCUGUUGGUCAUUCCGCUGCUGGGCUUCCUGGAGAGCAUUGCAAUCGCUAAAGCGUUUGCAACGAAGAACAUGUACAGGAUCGAUCCCAGCCAGGAACUGAUAGCAAUAGGCCUCACCAAUGUUCUGGGUUCCUUCACCUCUUCCUACCCCGUCACAGGCAGCUUUGGCAGAACCGCGGUGAAUUCCGAGACGGGUGUGGCAACACCCGCAGGCGGCCUUGUUACAGGAGCUGUGGUGCUGCUGUCGCUCGCCUUCCUCACGCAGUGGUUCUACUUCAUCCCCAAGGCCGCCCUCGCCGCCGUCAUCAUUUGCGCCGUGGCGCCGCUGUUCGACUGCCACAUUCUGUGGAGGCUUUGGAAAAUAAAAAAGUCAGAUGCAUUGGUGUUUGUGCUGACAUUUGGGCUGUGCCUGUGGGAGAUCCCGUAUGGGCUGCUGGGAGGGGUGGUCGCAUCUCUUCUGCCCCUCCUGUACCCACUUCUACGGCCACAUCUCCACGCGACGCGUGUGGAGGCAGCUGUGCCGGCCUCGGGGGCCCUGGUGGUGGAGCUGCAGUGCGGCCUGUGCUUCCUGGCUGUGGAGCACCUGCGCGACGAGCUGCUCGCCCUGCAGGCGCCUUGCUCUGCCAUCUCCGGGCCCUGCUCGGCCCCACGGCCGGUGGUGCUGGACUGCAAGGCCGUGUACAUGCUCGACUACUCGUCCGUCUGCGUCCUGCGGGAUCUGCUGCUCAACUUUCACAGCAGAGGCUCCCACUUGCUGCUUGCCUGUCUGCAGCCGCAAGUUCUUGACGUCCUGUGUCGUUCCGAGGUUGACUGCGAGCCAUUUGCAAGUGUGGAGAUGGCAGAAACGUGGCUGUCAGAACAAGAAUGCAAAGAAGAGAGAAUAUUACAUUGAGUUACUGAAGAAAUUGUUUUAAAUUUUACCCUGGAACACGAAACUUUUAUACAUUAUGUUUUAUUGUGUAUACAUCUAGAAGCUAAUCUUUUAAUGUAAUGUAUUAACCUGUGAGACUGUGUGAUGCUGAAACAUUUUUGCACAGAAAUUACACAAAAGCUGCAACAACAUUCUUGUCACUGUCGAUAUUACUGUAAAAUAAAGGUAAGCUUAUGGCUAAGGCCAAUGCAAUUUGUUUGUGCACUUUGCCUCCUCGAGACGAAAAUUAUGGGGCAGUUAUGGGGCUGUUGUGGAGAGAGUGGAGUAGUUCCCAUACCUGGGCAGUGUGCAUAUGACCAGCUCUGGUUUGGCAGCAGAGGUGUCACUCCGAAUCAGUCAAGCAGCAUUAUCAUUUCAUCAGCUCCAAAAUGCUGUGUGGAAUCUGCCUGGUCUGUCUCUCCUUACAAAGCUCUUGGUCUUCUCGUCCAGUCAUGGUGUCCCUUCUCUAUGCUUGUGAAAUGUGGACCCCUCUAACAGACCGUCGGCACUGGUUAGAAACAUGCAGACUGGCCUGUCUACGAUUCAUCCUGGCUUUAUCCAAAGCUCUGCCCCCCCCCCAAAUAAAACAUGCU